AAUAGUUCUGAAACAGAGAUUUGAAAGAAAGAAAGAAUGAUAGGGUGGCAUGAUGUUUACAAGGUGGUGGAGGCCAUGACUCCCCUAUAUGUUGCACUAGCUUUAGGGUAUGGGUCAGUGAGGUGGUGGCAUAUAUUCACACCUGAACAGUGCAAUGCAAUUAACCUCCUUGUUUGCUAUUUCACUCUUCCUCUGUUCACUUUUGAAUUUGCAGCUCAUGUUGAUCCUUUCAAAAUGAAUUAUAGAUUCAUAGGAGCUGAUGCCAUCUCCAAAGUCAUCAUUGUUGCAGUUUUAGCCUUGUGGGCUAAGUGUAGUAGCAAAGGAAGUUAUUGUUGGUCUAUAACAAGCUUCUCUCUAUCAACUCUCACUAACUCUCUUGUUAUUGGUGUGCCAUUGCUCAAAGCCAUGUAUGGUCAGAAGGCAGUAGAUCUUGUGGUACAAUCUUCUGUCAUUCAAGCAAUCAUAUGGCUCACUAUUCUUCUGUUUGUAUUGGAAUUUCGCAAGACGAGGAGCGAUUCGAUGAUCCCUGAUUCUCAUGCUGUCUCACCACUUGAAUCAGUGAAGGAUUUAGAAAGAAAUGUGAACAGACCACCUUUGUGGUCUCUAAUGAAGAUUGUGUGGCUAAAGCUUGCACUUAAUCCCAACUCCUAUGCUUGUUUCACUGGCAUAGCAUGGGCUUUUGUUGCAAGCAGGUGGCAUUUAGAGAUGCCAGGCAUUAUUGAGGGUUCUAUAACUAUCAUGUCAAAAGCAGGGAUAGGAAUGGCCAUGUUUAGCAUGGGGCUCUUCAUGGCAAUGCAGGAGAAGUUUAUGGCUUGUGGCCUAAGCCUAACAGUUUUUGGGUUAGUUCUAAGGUUCGUGGCUGGUCCAGCAGCUAUAGCAAUUGGUUCCAUCGCUGUAGGUCUGCACGACGAUGUCUUGCGUAUCGUUAUUAUCCAGGCAGCCUUACCACAGUCCAUCACCUCCUUCAUUUAUGCAAAGGAAUAUGGGUUGCAUGCAGAUGUCCUUAGUACUGCGGUGAUACUUGGGUUGAUAGUUUCCUUGCCCAUCUUGGUUGGAUAUUAUGCGGUUUUAGAGUUUUUGCAUUGAGUUUUCUGUGUUCUGUUCUCUGUGUUCUUUUUUUCAUUUUUAGGGUAUGAAUUGGUUGGGAACCUGAAUCAGUUCUUUGGAAUUAGGAUUUUACCACCAAUUAAUAUCCCAGAAACAAAAUGUAAUUUUCAUCCAUUGAUCCUAAGCUGAUCAAGGGACUUAGGCAUCAUUUUCUUUGA